AUGCGUCUCGGACAUAGGUACGCCAGGAAAAAGCAAGACGUCCGAGCAGUCGUUGUGUCGGCCGACCUGUUCGCCCCAAACGUGAGCAAGAGCGGGGCGGCGGCGAGCUUGGGCGACCGCGUCGCUGUGGAUGCGGAGCGUUUCGGGCGGGUGCUUGAUUUCGUCUCGCAGAAGCGUUCGGUUCACGAUAUCGUCAUUUUCCUCGACGGGCGGAGCCGGUCGUGCCGCAAACUGCUCGAGGACAAAGAGGAGGGUCUCGCAGCCUCUGGCGCGCACGCUGUGACUGAGUGUUGGUGUGUGUAUGUGCAGCCGGGCAAGGCACAGGACCCCAGAGUCCCGGGAAGAGUGACUUGUUUUGCGUGCAACAACAAGGAAGUCGUCAUCUGCUCCAUCCCGAAAAGAGGCGCCAUGAAGGUAGUGCAGCGCGCGGAGUUCAACUUGUGCGGCGAGACCACGAGUUCGUACACGACGUGCACGGGCGUGCCUAUGCGGCAGUACCGCGAGCUGCCGCGGAUGACCCACGACACGAAGCUCUCGAUCUUGGGAAACGCAGCCGCUGGCCCGGUGAGAGGGAGGCGCGCGCAGAAAGACAUCGAGGCGAACGGGCACCCCUUCUCGCACUUGGAGGUCAAGCCAUUGAGCUUUUGGCAGCGGAUUUGCGAGCACCAUCACAUCACGCACAUCGUCGACUUCACGGCGGGGUCUGGCGCGUUGGCAAUCGCAGCCUCUGGCGCGAUGGAGUACGAGGGCGUGGCGGUCAACGAGGUGCACCGGGAGUGGCUCGACGCGACCUUGGACCGAUGCGCACUGUACAUGGCGGGGCAUGACAAGAAUUUCGCCCAGAAGCUCGGCGGCGACGACGGUUUCGCUGAGAAAGUAGAGAAGUACUUCGCGGGAACGAUGAUGGAGGUGCGGCGCUUGCUCGAGCCAAUCGCGGACGAGGUGGACGGGGAUGGGGGGGGCUCGGACUCAGCGGAGGAGUAG